CCCCGCCCUAGCAGACACCAGACAGCAACCAAAUAAGAAUGUAAAUUGAAGACCGAUCCUUUUCUAGUUUCUAUAGCCAACCAAACCGAUAACUCCAAUGCUUCCUCCUUACUAAACUCCAAAUUCAUCUUCUUCUUUAUCUUGCAAAGGCCACCAAAAAUUUCUCUCUCUCUCUCUCUCUCUAUCUCUCUCUGUGAAAUGGGCGAGGCUUACAGGUGGCUUCCGCCGGGGCUGCAGCCGGACGAGGCGUCGCCGGAGUGGCUGAACAAGGCGGACAACGCGUGGGAGCUGACGGCGGCGGCCAUGGUGGGCCUGCAGAGCGUGCCGGGCCUGGUGAUUCUCUACGGCAGCAUGGUGAAAAAGAAAUGGGCCGUAAACUCGGCCUUCAUGGCGCUCUACGCCUUUGCAGCGGCCCUCAUCUGCUGGGUCCUCUGGGCACAUCAACUCUCCUUUGGCACCGGCUUGGCCCCCAUCCUGGGCAAGCCCAACUGGGCCUUGACCCAGCACUACCUCCUGGGCCAAGAAGCCCGCUCUUACGUGCCCAGGGCCGACUACGUCUUCUACCAGUUCGCCUUCGCCGCCAUAACCGUCAUCUUGGUGGCCGGGUCGCUGCUCGGCCGGAUGAAUUUCUACGCUUGGAUGUGGUUUGUUCCGCUGUGGUUGACCCUAUCGUACACCGUCGGGGCCUACACCAUCUGGGCCGACGGUUUCCUUAAGAAGGCCGGCAUCAUUGAUUUCUCCGGCGGCUACGUUAUCCACCUGUCCUCUGGCGUCGCCGGUUUUGUCGCCGCCUAUUGGGUGGGGCCAAGGCAUUCGCACGACAGGCAACAUUUCCCGCCAAACAACAUAACACACAUGCUGGGAGGAGCGGGGUUCCUGUGGCUGGGAUGGACAGGGUUUAACGGUGGAUCUCCGGUGAGCGCCAAUCCGAUAGCGUCGCUGGCCGUUCUGAAUACCCAUAUCUGCACGGCCAGCAGCCUGUUCGUGUGGCUGUCGCUGGACAUGAUCGUAUACAGGAAAAGCUCCGUCAUUGGCGCCGUCCAAGGAAUGAUCACUGGCCUUGUCUGCAUCACACCCGGCGCAGGGGUGGUGGACUCAUGGGCCGCACUGAUCAUGGGAGCCAUGUCCGGCUCCGUCCCGUGGUACACCAUGAUGGUAUUGCACAAGAAAUCAGCCUUCUUCCAGCGAGUCGAUGACACUCUCGGCGUCUUCCACACCCACGCCGUCGCCGGAGCUUUGGGCGGCCUCCUCUCCGGCUUCUUCGCCGACCAUAGACUCCUCUACUUGUUCUACGGCAAAGAAAACAUGUAUGGGCUGGCCUACGGCAUAGCCACGGGGCAUCCACGCCGCGGCCUGCAUCAGAUGUUUAUUCAGCUUCUCGGAGCCGUCUUCAUCACCGUCUGGAACAUCGUCGCCACGAGCCUCGUCUGCUUCAUCAUCAGCCGCAUCGUCAAUCUCAGGAUGGACGAGGACGACCUGGAGAUCGGCGACGAUGCCGUGCACGGCGAGGAGGCCUACGCGCUGUGGGGAGACGGCGAGAGGCACGCGCCGAUGAUUCGGAUCCACAUGAAGCCCAGGUUUCGAAACCUCUGGAGGCGCCACCAUUGAUCGUGGCGUUGAAUGGGGUGCGUGAGUCGUGACUGCGAAAAUUGAUGAAUAAGACUGAAGGAAGAUGCAAAGGUUGCCAUUUUUGUAAAAAUCGGAAUGGGCGAAUGGCAGACGGCCACAGGAACAGGGUAGGUGGGUGGGCGGGUGAACUUGUGAUCCAUCCCUGAUGCAGAUUUGUUCAAAUGGUUUGAUAAUACUAAAUUUUAUGAUAUCCAACCAUUAAUUAAAAAUUGCAAAGGCAGGCAGGCCAAUAACAUCUCCAACUCAUUUUCAUCAGUUAAAUUACUGUUUUUUCUGUUUUCAUCCAAC